UAAUACCGGAAUUUCCCGUUCAGUUAUUUCGGUUUCAAUAGCAGCGUAGCAGUUUGUAGAACGAUUUUAGAUCUAGAUCUAGCUGUAAAAUUUACUGCAGUUAUCUUUGAAAUGCCUACACGAAUUCAGGUAAAGGUUGUUACAGAACAGAUACAAUAUUUGGAAGAACAGCUACAAGUUCUGGAACCUGUCAUUAAUUUUAUGAAAAAUGUUGUUACAAAAAGUAAGGCGUGGCUAGAAGAAAAAACUGACCAAUCAUCUGUCAGCUACAUCGAGCUAUCACAAAAACUGGACACAGCAGCUACGGCCUUGUUGGAUGUGACGUCACAUAUUUCUGAUGAAAAUAAUAAAACCUUGGACAAAACAUCAACCCAAUUUGAAAAGAUGCAAUUAAAGCACAGUGUUAUGUACAAACUCCUACAACAAAAGUUGAUGCCCAUUGACAGACUGAUUCAAAUCUUUAACCAGAACUUGGAAAAUAGGAAAGAGCGAAUAAAUAAGCUUGGUGAACUUGAAAAUACUAUUUCAAAGUUUCUCUGUGCUCCAGGAAAUGUUUCUAUUAGUUUUUCAUUCUCCUUCCCAGCCCACUUACUUUGUUCUUUCUUGACAAUAGCCCUCCUCAAACUCUUGUAUUGGUAG